AUGGAACGAAAGUUCUAUAAUGGGCAGUUGGUUUGGGCAAAAAUAAAAACUUAUCCAUGGUGGCCAGCCAUUGUAUUAUUAAAUUAGGUUGGUAAAGUUGAACAAAUAAAUUUAGCAGAAACAGAUGAAGAGCCCGAAUAUCAAGAUGAAAUUACUGUUAAUUUUAUAGGUGAGAACACACAGUAAUAUCUAUGCAGCGCUGCAUUAGACACAAAAGAGGUUAUGGAUUAUGAAGAAAACUACAAGCAAUACAGCAACGUGAAGCAAAAAGUAUUUAUUAUUUAGAAACUUAAAAAUUGCAUUUUGAUUGCUGAUAAAUUUUUAUCAAAAGAACUCGAUAUUUCAGACUUAGUGGAAAUAAAUAGCCAUUUAUCGGAUUAUGUAGAAAAGUUCAUUCCAAAAUCAGAUGAAUCUGAACCUUCCUCUUCUCAGUCUGAGUCUGAAUCUGAAGAUGAGCCAGAGCCGAAAAAAAUCCAAAAAAUUGAUGAACCAGAAAACAAUGGUAAAAAUAGAUUAAAAGAAGUUAGCAAACAGCUAGAGUCAAAAAUUUCUCUGAGUGGAAAAGCAGCUGAGAAUAGCCGUAAAAGAGAAUUUGACAAUAUUAGUGCAAAAAUCAACGAUCUACGAAAAGGGCUAUGCACCUAUUUAAAUGAUGAUGAGGAAACUAAAGAGCCACUUUGUCCAAUAAAUGAUAUUUGUGAUUAUUUAUCUUAUUUAAUUCAAAAUACUCCUGAUAGCUCGUUAUUGGAAUCUUCAAAAAUUUUAAAAGCUUUUAAGCUUUUUAAAUCAGAUCAUAUUAGCAGUCCAAAUCAAAAUUUAAGGUCUUUAUCUGAUAUUUGUUACAAGCUGUAUUUAUUUUGAAAAAGACAUAUUAUUAACGAAAGCAUUAAAAGCUUAAUUGCUUCUCCAGUAAAAGCAUCUUCAGCUAAAGCUUCUCCAGCUAAGUCUUCUCCUACUAAAGCUUCUUCAAAACCUAAGUCACAAGAAAAAAAAUAUACGCCAAAAAAGGCACCUGCAAAAAAAAACUCUAAAAAAUCUCCUAAAAAAGUGGAAAAAGAAGAAGCAAAGCAAACCCAUAAACCUUCAUCCAUUGGUACUACAGAUUUUGAAUUAAGAAAAAAAGUAUGCAGAAAAAUCGCCAAAAUAAUUGAAGAUAGAGGGAUCCCCAAAAAUCAGUCUCAAGAUCAUGCACUUGAAUUAGAAAAAAUUAUAAGGGCAAAGGAUCCACAUAUGAAAGAGAAAUAUGUUGAAGCUUUUAAAGAGCUAAGAAAAAAGCUAACGAAUGAAGGAAGAGAUAUUAGUGAUAUUAUAAAAGAGUGUGAGAGGGAUUUAUAA